CCGCCCCAAACGGUGUCACACCAACACCGUUCCGGCUGGAUCCUCCGGCUGAAGUUCACUAAUGCCCGCGGUGAUCCAUCAGAGAACGACAGAAGAAAAGUCACGAUGAGCGCCAGAGUUCUGGUCGGAGUUAAACGGGUCAUUGACUAUGCUGUCAAGAUACGAGUCAAGCCUGACCACACAGGAGUGGUUACAGACGGCGUCAAGCAUUCGAUGAACCCUUUCUGUGAGAUUGCGGUGGAGGAGGCCGUCAAACUCAAGGAGAAGAAGUUUGUUAAGGAGGUCGUGGCCGUCAGCUGUGGUCCUCAGCAGGUCCAGGAGACGAUCCGGACGGCUCUGGCCAUGGGUGCGGACCGUGGCAUACACGUGGAAGUGUCCGGAAAAGACUACGAGACACUUGGUCCCCUGCAGGUCUCCAAGAUUUUGGCUGCUCUCGCUAAGAAAGAGCAAGCCGAUCUGAUCAUUCUGGGUAAACAGGCCAUCGAUGAUGACUGCAAUCAAACUGGACAGAUGACAGCAGCGUUGUUGGACUGGCCGCAGGGAACCUUUGCAUCUGAGGUGAACAUAGAAGCAGACAUGCUGAAGGUGGUGAGAGAAGUCGAUGGUGGUUUGGAGACUAUUAAGAUCAAAUUGCCAGCCGUGGUGACCGCUGACCUCCGUCUCAACACUCCCAGAUACGCCACACUGCCUAACAUCAUGAAAGCGAAGAAAAAGAAGAUUGCGAAUGUGAAGCCUGCAGAUCUGGGAGUGGAUAUGAGCUCACGGCUGGAGGUGCUGAAGGUGGAUGAACCUCCUCAGAGACAAGCUGGAGUCAAAGUGGAGACGGUCGACGAUCUGGUGGGAAAACUGAAAGAGGCUGGAAGAAUAUAGAGGAAGCAGAUGCAGGAGGUGCGGUGCAAACUAACACUGAAGGUCUUUCAUCACUGGUGAUGGAGCAAACUUUGAGGCCAGUAAAGUCUGGUUCGGCCCCAUCACCAAUCCAGACCAGACCCAUGUAGAACAUGUAGUACCUGCUCCUCUGUGUGUGACUCUUUUAUGUUCAUGUGGAUGCUGAGAGACACUGCUCCAUCAACAGCCAUCCGUCCCCGCGAGGCCUCACCAGUUUUUCAGUGCAUUUCAAGACAAAGUACAUCAAUAUUGUUGGGAACAUUUUGAAUGCACUAAUAAGCCAUUAAGUUUGUUUCGUUGAUACAUUCACUCAAAAUCAGAACUGAACGGACCUUUUCUGUGAUUCCUGUCGUGUAAUUAAAAAGCUGUUAUCAGUGCAGUUUAGUUAUGUUGUUUAAAGUUUUAACAGGACAGUGUCUCUCAGCAUAACAAGAGUAAAUCACGUUACCACAAGCGCCUCUGGAUGAGUCCUGAUUGUACAGUAUCAUUUGAUGACAAUAAAAAGUUGUCUUUUUCAUAUGCAUA